AUGUCGCUCAAAUUGCCCCAGGCCCCCAAUGCUGGCCUUUUUAAGCAGGGGUACCAGUCGCACAACAGUGCUGACGGUGCCAUCAUCCGGAAUAUAGAGGCUGUCAGAGAGAUACUGUCAAUUCUUCUCACAUCCAUGGGACCUUCGGGUCGUAACAAGAUCAUUGUGAACAAGCACGGUCGUAUAUUUGUUACUAAUGACGCUGCCACCAUGGUGAACGAGUUGGAAAUCGUGCACCCGGCUGUGAAAUUGUUGAUCACCGCGUCCAAACAGCAGGAAUUUGAGAUGGGUGACAACACCAAUGUAGUGAUCAUCUUGGCAGGCGAGUUGUUAAACAUUGCUGAAAAGUUGAUUCACACUGGAUUGAGUGUGACUGAGAUCAUCCAGGGGUAUAACAUGGCCAACAAGUAUGUGAUGGAAACCAUCGAAAAGUUGGUGGUGGAUAGUGUGGAGUCGAUUACCGAAACAGAGCAAUUGAAAAAGGUGAUCAAGCCAGUGAUUGCCGCCAAGCAAUACGGUAACGAAGAUGCUAUUUCGAAUUUGGUGAUUGACGCUGUCAAGCUCAUCAUGAACCCUAAGCGUCCUCAAGCGUUCAACGUGGAUAACGUGAGAGUGGUCAAGAUUAUGGGUGCUUCGCUUUCGAGUUCCCAAGUUAUCAAAGGUAUGGUUUUCCCCCGUGAACCUGAGGGUCACGUCAAGAACAUCACCACCAAAUCCAAGGUGGUUGUGUUCAAUUGUCCCAUCGAUAUCUCCACUACUGAAACUAAGGGCACGGUAUUACUCCAUAAUGCCCAGGAAAUGUUGGACUUUUCCAAAGGUGAAGAGCAACAAUUGGACCAAAUGUGUAAGGAAAUCAGCGAUUCCGGUGUCAAGGUUGUUGUUGCCGGUGCAAACGUAGGCGAAUUGGCGCUUCACUACUUCAACAGAUACGGUAUUCUUGUGUUGAGAGUACCCUCCAAAUUCGACUUGAGAAGAGUUUCUCAGGUUUGCGGUGCCACACCCUUGCCAAGAUUGGGUGCCCCUAUGCCCGACGAGAUGGGGGAGGUUGAUGUCAUCGAGACAAGAGAAAUUGGUGGUGACAGAGUUACGGUGUUCAGACAGAACGAAUCUGUGUCAAGAACAUCGACUAUAGUGGUGAGAGGUGCUACUCAGAAUAGUCUCGAUGACAUAGAGAGGGCUAUAGAUGAUGGUGUGAAUGCCAUCAAGGGCUUGAUAAAGGAUAACAGAUUACUUCCUGGUGCUGGUGCCGUGGAAAUCGAGUUGGUCAAGCUCGUCACCCAGUAUGGAGAAAAGACUCCAGGGCUUAUGCAAUUGGCCAUUAAGAACUACGCAAAGGCUUUUGAAGUCAUUCCCAGAGUUCUUGCGGAAACAUCUGGAUUGGAUCCUUCAGAAACCUUGAGUACAAUGUAUGCUCAGCACUCUACCGAAGGAGGACUCGUGAAGGGUGUCGACAUCGAUAUGUCUACUGAUGAUAAUGUUAUCGAUGUCAAGAAAGCCCAGAUUUUUGACUUGUUGUCAACCAAGAGAUUUGCAUACGACUUGGCUACUGAAGCCGCUACCACCAUCUUGUCCAUCGACCAAAUCAUCAUGGCCAAGCGUGCUGGUGGUCCCCAAGUUCCUCAGCAACGUAGACCUGGAAAUUGGGACCAAGAAGACUAG